UUGUGUAUGGAAAAUCCAAAUACAGUGCCUUAUGGCUAACCCCAUUUCCUCCCACCCCUAAUCCUUCAAAAACUCAGGGCUGUUUGGAUUUGGUGCUUGCUGCUCCAGCCAUUUCAUCAACUUUUCCCCCACGCUCUUCUGAUCAUAAAAAAGGAACCAAGUUCAAACUCCAAGCCCACUUAUAUCUCUGUUUACUUCAGAGACAAAGAACAUCUCGACUUGGCACCUGGUGAGACCAGACCAGCUCUGCUGGCUUGGGCUGGAACCCAACAUCCCAUCUGUAAGAGUGACCAUCUAUCCACCUCAGCUGGCCUCAGCAGCCGGCGUACCUCUGGGAUGUACAUUCUUGGCAGGUAGCAGUUGGAGACUCCCUGAGCUGGGGUUCACAUCGAAGCAGUAGUGUUUAAGAACUUCCAUUGUGCCUUUCCUCCGUAGAUCUGUCUAAUCCCAAAUGAACCAAAGGUUUCUGGAUUGGCACUAUGCGCUGUAGCAAAGGGAUCUUCUUUUGGUUGUUUUAAACAUGUAGGACAAUGUUGGUUUUUGUGAACCCCACUUUCUUGCCCUGCAGGGACAGAGGAGGUGACGUUCCCUAUUUUGUUUCUCAGGGUGAUUCCCAGCUUCAUGGACAUCUCUUGCAGAUCUUCAUUGCUUUUCUGGGUCCUUUGUCCUGCAGGUCACGUUUCAGCUGUUGCCCAUGUUUACGCCUUUUAGAGUUCUAUGUUGUUAUUUUGGAACAUGAGCUAAUAUGCACGCAGGCAUGGAUACACUGUUGUGUGUUGUUAUUUUGUCCUGUAUUUCCUUCCUAAUAAUCCCUGAUGUUCUGUUUCACUUUGUAGCUCAGUGCUAGCUGCAGUUAUAGUUUUGGCAUACGUUCCAUAAUCCUGAUAUCUGUCAUGAAGGGUUGACGGUUGAUUGGGAACUCACUGCUGUGAUGGUCAGAUAUUGAGUUGAUUGUUCACCCUUCCUUCCUUCAGUUCCCUUAAAGCAAAACUCCUCUCCUGCUUGCGCCUGCGCACAUGUGCAUCUGGAUAAUGGAUCUAUUGUUGUAUUAAUAGAGGGGAAAAAACCAGUACAGAAUGUUGUAGGUCUAUGUCUAUUUGAGGAGCAGGAAUGAAAAUUUGAAAGAUUUCAAUUUGUCCUCCAAUUUCAUUUUUACAGUUCUGCUUGGUAAGCAAUCUUGGGGAAUAAUGAAGCUAUGACUUGCUGGGCUUGUACUGCCUCAAGUCAUGUUUCUCUCUGAAAUUCAGGUCUCUUUUGUGUUGCACAAGUGACAAGACUUCAGCUAAAAGAAUGCAAGAAUGACAGGAACGAGGAAAACACGUGUGCAUCAAUAAGCAAGUGUCCUGAGGGGCUGGCCUGUGACACGUUGGCAUCUGACUAUGCCUUGUGGAAGAAAAGCUCUCUACGGAGGGAAAUGUUCAGAAGGAUGAAAGUCAACGUCAGCAGAACUGGUGUGAGUCCUCAGAGAGGCCCAGUUAUGGCAAAUGGCGUUGGAAACAAAUGUGUGCCCUCAGCAAGAGUCAGACUUUGGUAUGAAAAUGUCAGCUGAGAACAACUAGAAUUUGUUCGGAUAUAUAGGUCAAAGUCAUCUUUGUGUUGGGCAGGAAAGAGAAGCUAUGCUCAAAUAAGGAAGCAUUUGGUUGCAAACCAAAAAAUCCACAAAUACUGCAUUAUGUGGUGGCUGAUUUUACACAGGAGGUCUAUCAUAAGCCCCUAAACCACCAGGACAUUGCAUUGUGCUUCCCACCACCCAGAACAUGGACUUGUGAAGAGCUAAAGCUCAGAACUCUUGUGUCUUGGCCUCAGUGUCAGGCAGUGGCUCCUCUGGGGUGCAGAUCUGUGUCUUCUACUCUGUGAUCCUCUUUACCUUGUGCUGAUGGGCUCUGGACGGUGGCACCCUGAGCAGGGCAGGCUCCUGUAGGGCAAAGGGGCCCUGUAGGAGCCCCACUGCCCAGCAUCAGCCUGGAUUCUCUAUCCUCCUCCUCCUCUCCUAUUUGGAUACCAGAAAAGACAUCCCACAGCAAGCAAUGGCUAGUGUCCCUUGCAGGGAAAAUGGAAACCGUAGGAUGGGUACUUUGAGGUGCACUAGCUACAAGGUUUUGCCUGUAGCUAGCCCCCAGAUGAAGGAUGGGGUGAUUUACUUGGUGUUUACUGUGGGGUAGGACAAAGCUCGUGUUACUGUAAAAUAGAGGUUUUAUGCUUCAGCUCAGCCUGAAGUAGUUCAUGUCUCAAGUGUCUCGUGCUUAGACAGAUUAUGUAAAAAUCUUGUUUAAAUAUGUCCUCUGAAUGCUUAGAAAAACUCAAAAAAAAUCCCUUUGAAUCAUCUUUCUAAAUGAAACACAUCCUUUAUGCAUCUCCUGCAUGUGUUGCUUCGAUGAGAUUCAGAAGCAUUGGAACAGGCUGCCCAUGGAAGUGAUUGAGUUCACCAUCCCUGGAGGUGUUUAAAAGAUGUGUAGAUGUGGUGCUUAGGGAUAUGGUUUAGUGGUGGACUUGGCAGUUAAUGGUUGGACUCAAUCUUAAAGGUCUUUUUCUAUCCUAAACAAUUCUAUGAUUCUAUGAAUACAAUCAAAUACAAUCAAACAAGUCAUGGGGAAUGAAAUCUCAUUUUACUGAAUCGAACACAUUCAGUUUUAAUUGCAGAGAGAACAGUUUUAUCCACAUUGUAUACAAAAUCAAGCUCUUCUGAUGUUUAACCAUUUCCUUUUACAAUAGGAAAGGUGGACUCAGAGGUGAUUCCCCUUCCUGGCAGAUAUGUAUUCUCUGGUUCAUAUACGCACCAGUGCUCGGGAGCCUGGGCUAAAACCAGAAAGUCAAAAUGCCUUUUUCAGGAUACCACCCCAAGUCAAUCAAGGCAGAAGAUGUAUUUUGAGAAGGAUAUGUUCUGUAGGGGCUUUUACUGCCUCUUUGGUCAAGAUUCUCUUGACAGUGGGCAUAAGCCAGCUGCUGUUGACCAGGAAAUGUGCUCCACUCAUUGCUUGCUCCCUGCGCUGGUUUUGGCUGGGAUAGUUAAUUUUCUUCAUAGUAGCUAAUAUGGGGCUGUGUUUUGGAUUUGUGCUGAAAGCAGUGCUGAUAACACAGGGAUGUUUCCAUUCCUGCUGAGCAGUGCUUACACAGAGCCAAGGCCUUUUCUGCUUCUCACACCCCCCACCAGCGAGGAGGCUGGGGGUGCACAAGGAGUUGGGAGGGGACACAGCCAGGAGAGCUGACCCCAAACGACCAAAGGGAUAUCCCGUACCAUAUGAUGUCAUGCUCAGCAUACAAAGCUGGGGGAAGAAAAAGGAAGGGGGAGGCGUUCAGAGUGAUGGUGUUUGUCUUCCCAAGUCACCGUUACGCGUGACAGAGCCCUGCUGUCCUGGGGAUGGCUGAACACCUGCCUGCUGGUGGGACGUGGGGAACGAAUUCCUUGGUUUGCUUUGUUUGCGUGUGAGGCUCUUGCUUUACUUGUUAAACUGUCUUUAUCUCGACCCACGAGUUUUCUCACUUUUACCCUUCUGAUUCUCUCCCCCAUCCCACUGUGGGGAGGGAGUAAGUGAGCAGCUGCGUGGGGCUGAGCUGCCGGCUGGGGUUAAACCGCAACACUCUGUUAUAAACAAUGUCCUUAUCUUUUUAGCAAUUAAAAAUUAAACCAGAAUAGCUUUUCUGUCAUCUGUUCAAGAAUGUUGUUCAGACAUAGAUGUAAAAAUUGAUCUUCCGUGUAAGAACUAUAAACAAUGUCACAUGAAAAAGCUGAUGACGAGAGGCAUCCUCAUUCUGUUGUCUUGAAAUAAAAUGGGAGAAGUUGAAUCCUUAAAUCUUACAAACUGCUCUUUAGAUGAUGUGUCUAAUAAUUUUACUGACAAGUUUAUGCUUAAACAGGCAAUGGAUUCCCCUCGCUGGGUGGAAGAUGGCAUUGUGGAGACUCCCUGAGGCCCAUCUAGGUAGCGGCACGUUUGGACCUCAUGGCAUGUGUUAGCCGGGAACCCACCUCACUUCAUAUGUUCUCCCAGUGUACUUGGUCCAAGAGGCAGAAGUGGCCAUGUAGCCAACUCGCAAUCUGCCUGGCAUUUGUGGGUACAGUUCUGUGUCUGCCAGCAGCAUCUGAAUAAGCAACUGUGCCAUUUUGGGUUGGGAAGUGACUCGCUGGUGGCAGCUCUGCAAGAACUGGUGGUUGUAAGAGACCCCAAACUGAACAUGACUGCAAUAAAUGGUUACUCCAGGCAGUGGGACCUCAGCUGGAGAACAGUGUCCUGUUUUAUAAGCUUUUAUAAGCUCUGUUUGAAGAUGAUCUACAUGCUCCCCUUCAUUUAAGUCAGUCAUGGCCUUGCUGCAGCUGUGGGGCUUGCUGGCAGGGGGAUGGUGGCUGAGCACAGGCUGUCUGUUAACGCUUUGUAGAAAUAAUAUCUUAAGACCUAGCUGUUCGGGAAACUAUCUUCCACAUCAGUUAAAUAGUAUGGGGUUUUUUUCUAUAUGUGAGAAAAGAUGACACCACCCAAGGCUAAAGGUCCUCUAGAAAGGAGGAAACUCGUGAAGCCAAUAAAUCUGGGGUCAUGUUCAAUUUGUGAAGAUGGAAGAAUGUGUUCCCUCCCUUCCUGGUGUGGUCUGCACUGGCCAGAAGCUGUGUUGGAAUGAAGGCUAUUUUUGGAAUUGUAUUUCUUGUUGGGGAGUUUGUGGUUCCUGAACCAUGUUGGGUCUCUUCAUUGCAUCGCUCCAUGGCAAGAUUUCCUUCUGGUGCAACCUUGGUAGACAAGGGGAGUGUGAUUCUUCUCUGAGGAGUUAAAAAAUGUGGAGGAAAUCAUGAGACCUGGAGAUUUGACAGGCAAUUAAGCUGGAAAACAGCUCUAGAGACAGCUCUUUGCUUGGGAUGCAGCUGUAAGAGAGGUUCUUCUGCUGGCACAGCUGCCUCACUUUUGAAAGAUGGACAAUCUUCUGCUGAGGUUCCUGUCUCUCAGCUUGAUGGCACUGAGAUCUGCUCUGAUGCUUCAGAAACAAUGGCAUCUGCAUAGCCAUUGCAAGAUCCUUUUGCACCAUGAGCUGAAGUUGCUCCACAGCUGGAAGGGAGACCCUAACAUCAGCUUGGUCCAGGUGGGAGAGCAGGAAGUAAGCUCAGUCCAGAGCACACCAGAGAGGGAAACAGUGCUGCAAAGGGAAUUUCUUCAUUUUUCUGUCUUGCCUGAAGUGGUGGACCACUGAGCCUUGCUAUAGACAGUGUCUGUGGGGGAACUGUAUUGGAGAGGAGGUGCAAGUCCCUUGCAGCAUCAGGAGUGUUCCCCACCUGACUCCCCAUCUGCAACAGCCACCGAGGGGCUUGGGCUGCAGUGGGACUGACAGCUUCUUUCUCCUCAGUGUGCAGUAAAUAUAACAACAUCAUAGGCUUGUGAUUAAACAGCCCUUUUAAAGAGAAGGAAAAAGGGUUAAAAAUCUGCAGAUUCCUGGUACCGAUGCAAUUUGUAUAGUAGGGGAGCAGAAAACAGGCCCAGUGGUGUCAAAAGAUCAGAUGCCUGUAUCAUUAAAUCUUAUGUGCAUUUAUCCUCUGGAAUGUAGAUAGGAAAAGGGAAACAUUAACUGAUUCUUCAUUUUUGGCUGGAAGCAACGAUAAUAUCUUAGGGAAGUGUGAGAGUUCUUUGGAUCACUGGACUCCAGUGUGAGAUAGAAGAUCAAGGAAGCAGUGCAAAAUCCCCCGUCUUUUGUGCCAGGGAUAAAAUAGUUUCCUCUGAGAGCGAAAUCCGCAUUGCAAAUAAACUCUAUUCUUGUAAACGGCCAAAUUAAGAGCAGUAGUGUCAGAUGCAAAGUAUGAGUCAUACAAGCAAGAGUUCCAGAGGAUGUAGCGUGUCCCUAGAUUGUUUUGCUAGCGGUGAUUGAGGAAUAAGUGUUCUGUCCAGGGACCUCUGGAGAGAGAUCUUAGGGCAGAACAAGACAUCAGGAGGCAACAGCCCCUCUCAAACCCCAUUUUCCACCCCCUCCCCAAAGUGGCUGUACUGCAAUGGACAGGGAGAUGACUGAGGAAGGAGCCUGGUGAGCCUGCUCUAGGAUUGUGGAGGAUCUAGAAGAGUGUCCUACACCGCUGGAGCUGAGCACCCAGGGCAGCCUGAUGGACUGUCCCCGCUUCACGCGAUUAUGUUUCCUGAUUCUGACCGUUGCAGCUCCCCAUCCAAAUAUUGCCAUGCCCAGUGACAACUGUGCUGAGGGAAGACAAGACAAACCAAAUGUGACAGUCUACCACUGUAAGGACUGUGAGAGCAACAUAUGCGAAUCAUCCAAUUACGAAGACUUUGUAAAAAUUAGUGAAACACAAAGUGAGACAUUUUCAAAUGAAAUAAUUCAGUUGGUGACCAAUGAAACACACAUCAUUAUGUGCUUUCAGCAAGAAGGUACUGUUCCUGAAGGAAUUUAUGCCAUUUUCUGGGAGAAAGCCAUGGGAGCAGGAGACUCAUGUGGUGGCAUCGUGGAGGCUGUAGGUUCUUCAGAAAAUGUGACGUUUGACACCGCUAAAAUUUGCUGUGGAGCAGAAACAGACCCCUCAUUGACCAAACAUCCUCUGAAGUGCUACACUGAAACGUCAGGUGAAAAAAAUGGAAAAUCACCAGCCAACAUCACUGGUGAGGGAAAUCCAGGUUAUAGACAAACAAGGGAUCCUUGCUCGAGACAAGCAAACACUAAUCCUCUUCUGGGGACAGUCUUUGGUGAUGCUCAAUUUUCAGUCUAUGAAAAGAGCUGCAUUAGCAUCAUCAUCCUAGUACUGAUUCUUGGGUUUUGUGCAGCAGCACUGGCAACGUAUUGUGUUCGACGGAACCGGAAAGGUCAAGGACCUGUCAUAGUGCUCCAUCAGAUUUUUAAUGGUAUUGGAAAAGCCAAAGGGACUCCUGACGUGGAAAACCUUACACCUUUUCGAAAAAAAAUCUACAAAUGAGAAAACCAGGCCUCUAUGCCAGCAGCAUACUGCCCAGUAAUAAUGUACAGCAUUCAGCUGAAAAAACAGAUGCUCAUUUUAUAUGACACCUCAUCGUAGUUUUCACAAAUCUACCUUCACCAAAUCCUCCGUGCAUUCACUGAGGGCUGUCAUUGCCAUAGCGGUCCAGCUCCAGGCCUUUGUGAGCAACUCCAGAAGCUCCCUCGUCUUCCAUCCUCUCCUGGUUCUUUGCUGAGGACAGCAGUCAUCGCAAGAUGUGUGGCUGGCUCAGCAGCACAGGUUUAAACCAGCUGAAUUCUCUCAAUGGUUUUCAUGAUUGUGAAACUGUCAGUUCAUCUGAAAUUCUUCAGAGAACUGCAGCUGUGCUCAGGAAGGAUGCAUCGAAACCUGAGGCAGAUGAUCUCUGCAUGUCUUCCAUUUUGUAAUGCAAUAGCAUGCCCAUAGGUCUUUAUUUUUUUAACUCCCAGGGGACCUCUAGAUCCCAAAAAGCAUUUUGUACAGGUGACUGGUUUGUUGAGUUAGAGGGGUUGGGCCUUUUGAACAGACAUUUGAUUUUGCAACCACCUUCAGGUUGAGGACAUCUCCUCUGCGUGCUUGUUCCCACGUGAGGGUGGAUGGGAGGGCUCAGUAAGUAUUUACUGAGUAUGGUAUUUUGACUGAUCCAGUUGUGAACUCUGUUAUAUCAUGAUGAAUGUUACAAUAUGUUUAUUCAAUAAGCCAAAGUUAAGGUUACCCGUAAAAAGUAUACACUGGGCAAGGAUUUAGAGAUAGAAGGAAAAAACCUUUUCCUCUUUAUACAGUACCUUAGCAGGAUUGCAGUUCUUGGUUUUUUUCCCAGAACAGGACUGCUGUAAGCUUUCAAUAGAGUAGAGCUGUGUCUAAAAGGACUGAGGAAGAGGUUUGUUUGGGACAAACGCCAUCUUUUUUUGAGGAAGUAAUAUGUCUGGUGCUAUAGCCUGGGAAAGGAGCACUCAAAUCAGGUAUGGUCCUUUCACUUUUUGACCCCACAGCAGCUAUCAUGAGAUUUGCUUUUGGUUCUGUUUCCCUCUGCUGUUAAGUCAUUGCUCUGGGCACCUUUGAGGAAGUGCCAAGUGCUCCAGCUUACGCAGUCAAGCUGUGCUUCUGGAGAUCUCUAGUGAUGUACACGUUAUUUUCCUAUACCUAGAAAAACACUGUCUUAAAAUUGAAGGCCAAGGCAGUUCUUUUGUAUGGUCUUUUAAUGAGAAAAACAAAUGUGUCUGUGUAUAACUGUGGAAGAAUCUAUGCGUGGGUGUAUAUAUGGUGUUCCAUAUGGAUGUCUGACACCGGGUGGUUUUAGUAUAAACUCAGAUUUUGAGUUCUUUGGAAAAGGGACAAAGUGUUAUUUGAGAACUCACACUAUAUUAACCUGAGGGAUUCAGGUUUAAUGAUGUGCAGAUUCAAUUUCUGUUCUUUAACACCAGUUGGGGCCAGAGAGCUGGGCAUGUUUGGAGAAGUAAGAUUAUAUGGACACCAAUGCCCAGUUGCUUAGCUCUAUCAGUCACAAGACACAAGUCACAGACCGAUCUUUAUGCCUCACUCAAGCACGCUUUCCUUUACAUCACUUCUUUCUACUGAUGAUUAUGCAGAUUGUGAUAUUCAGAGGCAUCACUAGCAACUGUUUCACUUUGCCUCUCUUGAGUUGUGUUACACUGGUAGACACUAAUCAUCCCACAUCUCAGGAAAAACUGCUAUAAAUAGCUUUAAAGAUCUACAGUGUUUGUAAUAAGUAACUGCAUUGUGUUGGCUUGCAAUAUACAAAUAUAGGCAAAUAUUUUUUUUAUGAAAUAAAAAAAGGACUAAAGAUACUAAGUGGUCUGGCUCACCAAAUGCAAUAAUUUGAUUUGAUAGCUGUAAUUUCGCUGUAAUUUCACUGUAAUGAGUCUUUCUGUUUUGUCUUCUUAUACUCACUGCAAUAAAACAUCAGCUUAAACU